AUGGACACGAACGCACUUGUCGACCUUGUCCAUGAGGUGCAGGGACAGAUUUGCGUCGAUAAGGUGAACGAGACUCACAGGUUGGGCCGUCUCUGCCUGUGGGUAUCUACAUUCCAUCCCGACAAACUUCCCUGUGAACUUGAGGGUUCAUUCCACCAUGGCGCAUUCAAUGCCGGGAUGAAAAUGGUCUUCAGUGACCGCACUGUCUGGAUGGUACGUUUCCCUCGCGAGGGGGAAAUAUGCGAUGGCUACACCGAUGAGAAGGUGGCGAUGGAGGUGACGGCCCUGCGCCUCAUCCGCGAGAGGACUGCCAUCCCCGUCCCAAGAGUACGGGUACCAAGAGUCCGCGCGUGGGGUCCCGCUGCCACCAACCCGCUUGGUCUCGGUCCGUUUAUCAUAAUGGAUUUUAUUGACGGGGUGAGCCUUAGUGAUCUUCUCCAAGAUCAUAGUGCCGAACGCCCCAGCCGACUUAUGAGGGAGGACAUCAGUGACCAUGAUGUCGAAAUUAUCUAUAGACAGAUGGCAGGAUUCCUGCUUCAGCUAUUCAGACUCGAUUUUGAACAGAUCGGCAGUCUGCCACCGCCACCACUGACUGAAGCUCAUCGCUUUACUUCCCUGCCACGGCCGCUAACAUUCAAGGCACACAGCAUCCUACAGAAUGGGUGGUUCCCAGGUGACCGAACCAAGGGGUUUGCGACGACAACCGAAUACUUCCAGUAUGUUGUCGGUCAGGACUGGAAACAGCUUGUACACCAACCAAAUUCAGUCUGCGGCGAAUACGAUGCUCAAAACAAGUAUAUGGCUUUUAAGGCACUAAGAUCCUUCGUGCCAGACUUGAUCCAUCCGAAAUAUAACCAUGGCAAUUUCAAGUUGAUUUGCGACGACCUCGGCCUUGCCAAUCUGAUCGUCCGCAGCAAGGAUGAUCUCACUGUCGUUGGAGUAGUAGACCUCGAGUGGUCCUAUAUAGGACCCGCGCAGCUGUUUGGCUCGGCACCCUGGUGGCUUCUUCAGGACAGACCUGUUAAUAGCGCCUGGGACUAUAAUGGCGAAGAGCCACCCGAGAUCGCUGCAAGGUACUUCAAGUAUUUAGAUCAGUUCACCCGGAUUUUAUAG